GAACAACUUUCAUGACAAAAAUCUUGAUUCUGUCUUGUAAAGUGAGCUACAUGGUGGAUCGGCUGUAUCUGUUCGCGCUGUGAUAAUCGCCUGCCUUUGGCAAGCAAUUUGCGAUGGAUGGAGGGAGAGGAAGGUCCUAAUGACAGAGUCAGACAGAAAACGAGAGCACGGGGAGAAAAUCCCACACUGAUGCAAACGAGCAUCAAAUCCUCUGACAACGUGACGUCCGAGCAGGCUCGUGGUGAAGCGCGUGUGAAUUGGAUGGAAAUGAGUCACUUUGCCUUCCGUCUGAGCUCCGGGUUGAAGAUGUAGUCUAUCUGUGGACCGCUGUUGGCAACAUUUUUGGGUGUUCAAUGGGACCUUAUCCUGACCAGGUGCGGUCGUGCGUCUCUUCCACCUCACACCCAUGAACUUCUGGGUCCUGCGCGCGCCGCUGAUGCUGCUGAGGCUCGUGCAUCCUUCACGCGGACAAUGAAGACGAGGAGCCUGCUGUCGGUCAGCCUGAACUUCUUUGCCCUGUUCUUCGCCAUCACUGCCUUCAUCACCACUUACUGGUGCGUGGGGACGCAGCGUGUGCCCAAGCCCAAAUGCAGCAAGCUGCGGACCCACCAGUGCAUAGACUACGGAGUGAACGAAACGGACCCCAACAAGGUGGUGUACAGUUGGGAGACCGGGGAUGACAGGUUCCUGUUCAGACAGUUUCACACCGGAAUCUGGUUCUCAUGCGAGGAAAACAUCCACGAUGAAAGUGAAAGAUGCCGAAGUUUCAUCGAUUUAGCUCCUGCAUCAGAGAAAGGAAUGCUAUGGCUGUCUCUGGUUUCUGAGAUGUUGUAUAUUUUGCUGCUGAUGGUGGGCUUCAGCCUCAUGUGUAUGGAGUUGAUCCACUCCAGCAACGUAAUCGAUGGGCUCAAGCUCAAUGCCUUCGCUGCUGUCUUCACAGUGCUCUCAGGUCUUCUUGGCAUGGUGGCUCAUGUGAUGUACACGCAGGUCUUCCAGGUCACCGUCAGCCAUGGUCCACCUGACUGGAGGCCCUACAACUGGGAUUAUGGGUGGUCUUUCUGCUUGGCAUGGGCGUCUUUCACCUGCUGUAUGGGCGCAUCAGUCACCACCCUCAACUCCUACACCAAGACCGUUAUCGAGUUCAGGCACAAGCGCAAGACCUUUGAGCAGACCAUCCGGGAGGAGAAUGCACGGGAGGCGUACGGCUACUUCCGGGAUAACUCCUUGCACUCAAUCUCUAAAUCUGUGGACAUUUAUUCCAAUCAGUCCCUAAACAGCGGCAGGAGGACUCCCAUACCUGCUGCCUCCUUGGACUAUGUUGACUUUGCAGCGUCUCUUGGGGAAGAACAGUGUUGAGAUUUUUUUUUUCUGUGUUCACCUGUGAGGUUACUAGAUUUCCUCCAUCUUAUGCUCUUUAACACUGCCUUAACUGAAGUAGGUCAGGGAGCUUCAAGUCACAAAUAAAUCAGGUUGGGGAGGCCAAAAAUGACCUGGGGGGGGGGGAUGACUGCCCAUGAGAUCCAUGGAUGAAUUUGUAUCUCUUUUUUCCUGUAACUGAGUACAAUGUAAAAUUAAAGGAAAUGUUGAGUUCACCCUUA